CAGAGCAAAUCUUGGUGGAAGAUAAAGGCUAUCGUCAACUGGCCUUUUGUUUCCCCCCAGAGAAGAAAUCUGUCCUGGGUUCAACUAGCUGGACACAAAGGUAAAACACAGUCAUCAUGGACAUGACCCCUCACCUAUCACAGCAGCAUACCAAGAACUAAUCACUAAUGUAAGAUGAUGUGUACUGUACAUCUUCCACACAAAAUAAAGAACACAAGACACAGAGACUACUGUAUACUACUGGUCACUUUAAUACAAUACUAACCCAUUACACACAAUGUCAGAUUCCAUCUGAAACUGGCAGUCGUUAGUGGUUUGCUGUGGAAUGUCAGUGUGUCAUUGCUUAUCUUUUCCAGGUAAUUUCAAAGCUGGCGAAGAAGGCACCAUUCUGAAAAAGUUCUCUGAGAAUGAGAAGCUGUGUUUUGAGAGACUGCAGGGAGACGUGCUCCAGGACUUUGUACCAGGAUACCAUGGUGUUGUAGAGAGGGAUGGGGAUCCCUUCCUACAUAUGACAGAUCUACUGGUCAACUUUGAUAGACCUAGUGUCAUGGACUGCAAGAUGGGAGUGAGGUAAGGGAGCAGCAGUAGUGAGUAGGGAGCAGCAGUAGUGAAUAGCAGUAGUGAGUAGGGAGCAGCAGUAGUGUGUAGGGAGCAACAGUAGUGAGUAGGGAGCAGCAGUAGUGAGUAGGGAGCAGCAGGAGGGAGCAGCAGUAGUGAGUAGGGAGCAGCAGUAGUGUGUAGGGAGCAGCAGUAGUGAGUAGGGAGCAGCAGUAGUGAAUAGCAGUAGUGAGUAGGGAGCAGCAGUAGUGUGUAGGGAGCAGCAGUAGUGAGUAGGGAGCAGCAGGAGGGAGCAGCAGUAGUGAGUAGGGAGCAGCAGUACAUUUACAUUACAUUUUAGUCAUUUAGCAGACGCUCUUAUCCAGAGCGACUUACAGGAGCAAUUAGGGUUAAGUGCCUUGCUCAAGGGCACAUUAGUGUGUAGGGAGCAGCAAUAGUGAGUAGGGAGCAGCAGUAGAGAGUAGGGAGCAGCAUUAGUGAGUAGGGAGCAGCAAUAGUGAGUAGGGAGCAGCAGUAGAGAGUAGGGAGCAGCAUUAGUAAGUAGGGAGAAGGUGUAGUGAGUAGGGAGCAGCAGUAUGUCUGUUCUAUAAUAAUGUGCAGAAUACUACAUAUGUCUGGCCCUAUAGGUGGAUUAGGUGCAACAAGGUAUUAAGCAAUGUUGAGAUAAUACUAACAAAUCACUGUUGGACUACUGUAAUUUACCAAUAUCCCUCUUACACGUCACUCACUGCUCCUGAUAGUAGAACAUACAGACUGUCAACCUGUUCUGUUUGCUCUUGAUAAAACACCUGUUGUUACUGGUUCUCUGAGGAUUUCCUGCCACACACAGUGGGUUGUGCGUCAAGGCACACAGAGAGGCCAUCACUACUGAGCCACAUGUUUCCUGUACACAGCCAGAAAGAACCACAUACACACACACUCAUGUACACACGUACUCACAUGUAGACACACAUACACACACACGCGCGCGCACACACACACACACACGCGCACAUACACACGCACACACACACACACACACAUACACACACACACACACAUACACACACACACAAAGUGGGGAGAUGGAGUGCAGGCAUAGGGUGUCCCUGGUGACUCCCUUUUGACAAACACACAGAACCACCCAAGCUCUUUCACCUACUGCUAACACACACUCAUACUGUCAAACAAUUAAACUAACAGUCAUGCUGUGUACUUUGGAGUCUCCUCCUGGCUUCCUUCUUUUAUACAGAGGAAGUUCAGUUAGCAGAAUGAAACUGAAAUUCACUGCACAUAGGACUCUGCCAAAUAAGACUUAGGGCUCUAUUCAAUCUACAUAGUGGAAGUUCAGCGUUUCAGCGUGAUUGAAAUUUAAAGGCAAUGUUCCCGCGUUAGCGGAGACUUCCAUUACGGUAAACGCUGCAUAUGUCGGCUCAAUCGUAAAUUACCUUUACAUUCUAUUGCGCAAUCUGUAACGCUUUAGCGAUACAUGUUGAAUUAGCAAGUCAAUUCUACCAUCCAAAGCAUAAAAAAGUAAUAUUAUAAACUGGGUGGUUCGAGCCCUGAAUGCUAAUUGGCUGACAGCCUUAUACCACGGGUAUGAGAAAACAUUUAUUUUUACUGCUCUAAUUACGUUGGUAACCAGUUUAUAAUAGCAAUAAGGCACCUCUGGGGUUUGUGGUAUAUGGCCAAUAUACCACGGCUAAGGGCUGUAUCCAGGCACUCCGCUUUGCGUCAUGUCUAAGAACAGCCCUUAGCCAUGGUAUAUUGGCCAUAUACCACACCCCCUCGGGCUUUAUUGCUUAAGUAUAACAUGCCAUUGUCUGUAAUGCCACUCAGCUAUCAUACACAACAAGACCAAAUGAAAAGUCACUUAGCUGUGAGGGUGCUAAAUAGUGUCAUGGCCCCUCAGUGUGUCUCUCCCUGUUGUCCUCUCCUCAGGACGUAUCUGGAGGAGGAGCUGGUUCGAGCCCGAGAGCGACCUAAGCUCCGUAGGGACCUGUUUGACAAGAUGCUGGAGGUGGACAGUGAGGCCCCCAGCCCCCAGGAGCACCUCCAGAGGGCCGUCACCAAACCCCGCUAUAUGCAGUGGAGAGAGACCCUCAGCUCCACACACACACUGGGCUUCCGCAUCGAAGGCAUCAAAGCAAGUACCCGUGUGUCAACAUGUGUGUCAACAUAAAGGAAGGAAUUCAGUCAGUGUUCACUCAAAACGCCACCACAGAGAUCCCUUUUCAUUUAAACCAGAACAUAUACAAAAGCCUUAUUUCUGGACUAAAAACAUUUUUUAUGGUUAAUGUUGCACAGUUUUUCAUGUGAAGUUCAUUACAUACUGUAUGUAAUGAAGUCAUGUUGAAGCCUUGACCCUGUUGCACGUGGACAGUGCUGCUUAUCAACAUAUUGACUGUUCCUUCUUUCAGAAAGCUGACGGGACGUGCCAUACGGAUUUCAAGAAGACCCGGUCUAAGGAGGAUGUCACACAGGUCUUCAGGGACUUUGCCACAAACAACACAAACAUACUAGUAGGUUGACAGCUACUAGUCUUACCUGUUAUGGUGUUGCAUCCGCAUUCAUUUGCAUGGUCUGCUGAUUCUUAGACAAAUAGAGACAUACAGUACAUGUACAUGUCACAUGUAAAGUGAAUACUUGAAGAGUCAAACAAAUUGGUUUGACUUUACCUGUCUUUUGUAAGAUUGGACACAUUGGUAAAUAUUUGGAUAGGAUGAGCAACCCACAUGGCAAUAUGCACUACAGUAGAUCCUGUUGGAAUGACAGAUAGCAAAUAGAAUUGAACGACCUAGACAUAUAACCUCUAUUGAUUUAAUGAAUUUAUCAAGGGAGGCUCCCAAGUCUCAACUCUACAGCCAGAAUAAUCAUAUUGCCUCUCUAAUACAGAUUUCCUACCUGAGAAAACUAGAAGAAAUUCAACAAGCCCUGAAGUCAUCUGAGUUCUUCAAGAGACACGAGGUGAAUAUAGAAACUUUAGUUCAUCUGCACCUGUUUUCUGUUAACGUUUGUUCAUCACAUUAGAUAUAUUAAACACAUCUAAGAGCUUUUAUGAGGCAGACCGGUAAAUAAUAUGAAUGAUUAUACCCACUGGGCAAAGACGUCAAUUCAACAUCUAUUCCACGUUGGUUCAAUGUAAUUUCAUUGAAAUUAUGUGGAAACACUGUUGAUUCAACCAGUGUAUGGCCAGUGGAUAUUGUAAUGAGUACAAGUCUUCUCUCUCCAAGGUGAUUGGAAGCUCCCUCCUCUUCAUUCAUGACCACACUGGGCAAGCUGAUGUUUGGCUCAUUGACUUUGGCAAGACUACAGCUUUACCAGAGGGACAGACUCUGGACCACUGCAUACCCUGGCAGGAGGGCAACCGAGAGGACGGAUACAUGUGGGGACUGGACAACCUGAUGAGGACACUGGGCUCUUUGACUAACAAAGGAACU